CUUCGAUACCGGAUUGACGACGACACGCACGUCCCACUGAAAAUCAUGCCACCACCCAAAGUUAACAUAAUUAUCUAUACUCUUUACCAUCAUGUCUACAAGCUUGCUGUUGAAGCAGAGCAUGGAUUGAAGGCCGCUGGUGUACAAUCGACCAUUUAUCAAGUUCCUGAAACCCUACCCGAUGAAGUUCUGAAAAUGAUGCGUGCACCUUUAAAGCCAAAUAUUCCUAUCAUCAAAGUGGAUCAGCUCAAGGAAGCCGAUGGAUUCCUGUUUGGGUUUGGAACGCGAUUCGGCACUAUGCCUGCUCAGAUGAAAUCUUUCUUUGACGCUACUGGCUCCCUGUGGGCACGUAAUGCUUUGGCAGGCAAAUUUGCAGGCACAUUCUUCUCAACCAAUUCUCAGCAUGGAGGUCAAGAAACCACGGCAUUAACCACCAUUCCAUACUUGGCACAUCACGGAAUCAGCUACGUUCCCCUUGGAUUCACCAGUCCGCAUCUAAGUGACAACUCUGAAAUUGUUGGUGGAUCGGCAUAUGGUGCCGGUACUAUCGCUAAUAGCGAUGGCUCGCGACAACCGAGCAAGAAGGAAUUAGAGGUGGCGCGAUUGCAGGGUGAGCUAUUUGGCAAAUUGAUUGCCACUUACGUCAAGGGAAGAGAGCAGCAAUAA